AGGGUGAUAAUAAGUGAUAGAUAGAUAAGAUAAAAAUAGUUUUUUGGUGAUAAGGUGGUGAGGAGAUAUUUGUUUUGAGGAGUCCGGUGGAGAAUUGUCGUUAAUAUGUAUAAGUGGUCGGUGGUGAUUUUUUUGGUGGCAACGCCUUUCCUGGUAAAUUCUUUACCAGUUCCCGAAAUCAAUGAUGAAAUUGGUGGUACCAAUUUAUUUUCAUCGGAAAUCGAUGAUAUCAAUAUCGAGGACCAGAAAGCAGCACUACUAGAGUUGUUAAAGAAAGAAGCAGCAAAAGCUCUUCGGGUCCGAGAAAAUUCUAAACGACUAAAAAUCGAAAAUUCGCAAUCUUUACAAGAUGCAACCGGCCCAAUGUACAAUUUUGAACCAAACGAAAGGAACCAAAAAUCUAUCAAAAAAAUUCUAGAAAGUUUAGCAGAAUUGACUGAAAAUAUUCGAAGGAGCAAGAGGCAGUUGGAUCCUGUCAACCCUGAGGCUAAUGAAAUUUCGACAAUACCAGCAAUUUCGACUAAAAACGACACAGUCGUCGAAUCCAGACAGGAAGAAAUUCAGGAGGAGGAUUUUGAUGAUGAUGAUGAUACAGGGGCUGGAAAUGGACUUAUUGGUUUAAUUGGAAGUCUUAGUGGAGGGGGAAAUGGAAUGUCAGAUGCAAAUGCACUUUUUGCAGCCCUUGCUGGAAUUUUAACAAAUCUUUUGGGGGAAAAUGGUAUAGAUGUUAAUAUGGCCAUUGGUUCAGCCACACAAUUAUUAGGAGGACUUUUAAUGAGACCGAACGAAAAUUUAGGUGCAACUUUUGCCAAAUAUAUAACAACUGGUGUUGAUGGAUUUUCUGGAGGCGGUGCUAAAAAUAAUGGUCAGUUCUUCGGUACAUUCCUUGGUAGAUUAUUUGCCCAGCUGAGUGCGGGUGGAACCCGUGACGACCCUUCAGCAGGGCCCCCGGAUUCUGGAACAUUUUUCAAGAGCCUAAUUUCCUCCUUUUUAGGGGCGUCCUCCGGUGGAGGGGCAGCCCCUAAUUCCAAUAUUGGGAAAAUUCAAGCCCCUGCACCUGCGCGUCUACGCCGGCCGUGGUAGAUUUUAAAUUAAAGGAACAAACCGGUUCGGAUUUGUUUGCGUUUCUGCAACCUGUUUUAGAUUUUAAAG